AUGCGUCGAGCCAUCUCUCGAGGCAUCACCACCGGCGUCAGCCGUACUUCUGGAGCAUCUCUCGCCCGCUCAUCUCUCCUGUCGUCAACAGCCAUGUCAUCUUCGUCUAGACUUCCUGCCGUUGCGGCUAGGAGGAUACAUGCCACGGCGCAGCACCUCAAUGCUGCCCUCGCCUCGACGGCCGAAUCCUACCCCAAGACGCACGAGAAGAUUGCAAAGCCUGAGGACACACCCUAUUUCCUGGACAACCAGUUCGUCGCUUCCAAUGCUACGGACUUCAUUGACUUGCACGACCCGGCCACCAACAAUCUGGUCACCCGUGUACCCCAGAUGACAACCGAAGAGCUCCAGGGCGCUGUGGCGUCGGCUGAGAAGGCGUUCCCCAAGUGGCGCGCCAUGAGCGUGCUCGCCCGUCAGCAGAUUAUGUUCAAGUUCGUUGCGCUGAUUCGUGAGAACUGGGACCGUCUGGCAGCGAGCAUUACCCUCGAGCAGGGUAAGACGUUCGCCGAUGCCCGAGGCGAUGUGCUUCGUGGCCUGCAAGUUGCCGAAGCCGCCUGCGGUGCACCGGAGCUCCUGAAGGGUGAGGUGUUGGAGGUUGCCAAGGAUAUGGAGACGAGAAGCUACCGUGAGCCAUUGGGCGUCGUGGCUGCGAUUUGCCCUUUUAACUUCCCCGCCAUGAUUCCCCUUUGGUGUAUCCCCAUCGCCACCGUCACCGGAAACACCCUCAUCCUUAAGCCCUCCGAGCGUGAUCCCGGCGCAGCCAUGAUCCUUGCGGAACUUGUCCAGAAGGCUGGCUUCCCCGAGGGUGUGGUCAACGUCGUGCACGGCGCCCACAAGACGGUAGACUUCAUCCUGGAAGACCCCGUCAUUAAGGCCGUCAGCUUCGUCGGUGGCAACAAGGCCGGCGAGUACAUCUUCAACAAGGGCUCUGCCCACGGCAAGCGUGUACAGGCCAACCUGGGCGCCAAGAACCACGCCGCAGUGUUGCCCGACUGUAACAAAAACCACUUCCUCAACAGCGUCGUCGGUGCCGCUUUCGGUGCCGCCGGCCAGCGCUGCAUGGCCCUCAGCACCCUCGUCAUGGUCGGCGAGACCAAGGAGUGGCUCCCCGAGCUGGCUGAGAUGGCCAAGAAACUCAAGGUUGACGGCGGCUUCGAGGAAGGCGCGGAUCUUGGUCCCGUCAUCUCCCCUCAGAGCAAGCAGCGCAUCGAGAGCCUGAUCCAGAGCGCCGAGGAAGAGGGCGCAACCAUUCUGCUUGACGGCCGUGGCUACAAGCCCGCCAAGUACCCCAACGGCAACUGGGUUGCCCCUACUAUCAUCUCUAAUGUCACUCCCGACAUGCGCUGCUACCGUGAGGAGAUCUUUGGGCCAGUUCUGGUCUGCCUGAAUGUUGAGACGCUUGACGAGGCCAUUGCCUUGAUUAACAAGAACGAAUACGGCAACGGCACUGCUAUCUUCACCCGUUCUGGUGCUACUGGCGAGACCUUCCGCCGCAACAUCGAGGCCGGGCAGAUCGGCAUUAACGUUCCUAUUCCUGUACCUCUGCCGAUGUUCUCCUUCACCGGCAACAAGAAGAGUAUCGCUGGUGGCGGCGCCAACACCUUUUACGGAAAGCCCGGCAUUAACUUCUACACUCAGCAGAAGACCGUCACUGCCUUGUGGCAGAGCGCUGACGCUAUCUCUCAAAGGGCCGAUGUCUCUAUGCCUACGCACUCUUAG